AACAGACGACAUUCAUUCGUAAAUACAGUCGCUGCGUGUCUUCCUCUACGUGAAGCAAUAAUUAUAUGAUAACGAAGAUAUGAUAAGAUAAGAAUUUUAAGAUAUAUCCUUAUGGUAGUGUGUAUUCUCUUUCAAUAUUACGUUCUAGAUGACUGAUAACAAUUUAGAAAGCCAAGAUGCUCCAGAUAGUGCAGAAAAAUUUAGUUCUCUUAUUUUCAACUGUAAAUAUUCCAUCAAAUGCCACUCUGAAAGCCAAUCUCAUGUAUACCCAUGGCAUCUGUAAAACGUCCAACAGCCUAACCACCCUAAGAAUGUGUCUGAAUCACACCCAGCAUUAUCAUUCAAAACCGUUUUUGCCACAACCCUCUUUUAUAAAGAAUGGAAUGCCGCACACAAAUAAUAACGUCCAAGUUCUCAGAGUUUAUAAUCAGCUUGUGUCCUCAUGUAGACAACUAGGAAGAGAUAAAAUUGCAAAAGUUCGUUCUAACUUUACAAGAAAAAUGAACAAAGGAAAUUUGCAACCAAGAAGAGAAACGCUGGGAAAGCUAGUGUUAAUGGGUUCGUUUCUGGCGCCGACAAUGUCCUUUAAUAAUACCUCGGUUGAGAAGAAAACCCCAGUUAUAGAAAUUACAAGAAAGGCUAAGAAGACAAGGAGUUACCUUAUGGAAUUAUUGUUGGAGAUCUACGAGGCCUUUCGACUGUGUCUUAGGGCUUUACGUCUGGUGACGACAUUUACGCCGAUCUUCGCUCUGUACCCCAUGACUUUUUUCGGAGAGAGGAGUAAAGAAUUGUGGUGGUACUUGCUCUUGCGGGGAAUUGAAUUCUCAGGACCUAUUCUGAUAAAGCUAGGGCAGUGGGCCUCAACACGGAGAGACUUGUUCCCAGACUCCUGUUGCCGCCAGUUUGCGAAGCUCCAGAGAAGCGUCAAACCACACUCAUGGAAGUACACAAAAUAUAUGAUGAAAAAAUCCUUUGGUCCUGACUGGAGGAAGAUAUUUGUAAAGUUUGACAAUAACCGAAACCCAGUGGGGUCUGGGUGUGUUGCACAGGUUUAUAAAGUCUGGAUGUCUGCAGAAGCCAUUACAGAUGAAGAAAUACUCACUGAAAUUCUGUCUGAAAUGGAAGAUGAUGUUUCUGAUUCAUUUGAAGGUAUGCAUGUCAUAGGAUUCAGGAGUUUAUUGGGCUUAGACGAUGGAGAAGAGGUAAAGCAGAAGAGGAUAAUAGAAGAAUGGAGGGAGAAGCGAGACCAGAUGAGGAGAGAAGCAGAGGAAAAGGAGCGGAGGAGAGCAGGUAUAGAGAAGGAAGAGCAAAACGUAGAUUUGCAUGACGUAGUUUUGGAAAAGGAGAAAGAGGAAAUGUCGAAAGUAGACCCUGAAAAUGGAGAAAAACGUGUGAAGAAUAAUGAAACAGGGAUGAUAAAAGAGAAUGAUGCUUCAGGUAAAUCCGAUGUAGAUGUAUUAACAGUAACAGAAAAUUUGGUGGCCGAAUUAGUAAAUACUGAAGAAGAUCAACAAAGACAAGCAGAUCUGGAACCUGAUGAGGAACCCUUUGAAGACACAACUGAACAUUCAUUAGUAGAGGAGUGGCAAGAAGGUGUGCAUGACAAGUCCCUUCCACUGGAAGAAGCUCCGCCAGAAGACCUGGAUGGCCUUGUCCCUGUGGCAGUUAAGGUUCUGCACCCUGGUAUUUACUCGUGUUUCCGGAGAGAUCUGAAGAUUAUGAAGGCCUGUGCAUCUUUUAUCUCGGCAAUUUAUCCUCCUCUUAAGUGGCUUUCCCUCCCUCAGUGUGUACAAGAAUUUGCUGAGGUGAUGUCAUAUCAGAUCGAUCUCAAACUAGAAGCUGAAAAUUUGGAAUUGUUUGCUGAAAAUUUUGCCGAUAAUCCCUAUGUCAGAUUUCCAAGAAUACUGCGACCAUAUGUUACAAGAAAGGUGCUCGUUGAAACAUUUGAAGAGGGAGAGCAGAUGAUUGAUUUCAUUGGCUCAACGGGAGAAGACAAACCUGCUGAGCUUAAGAAACGUUUGGCAGAGAUUGGAGUUGAUGCAUUGCUGAAAAUGGUUUUCGUAGACAACUUAGUGCAUGGUGAUUUGCAUCCAGGUAACAUCUUGGUUCAGAACAACAGUGCCAAGGAAGAGGGCAGCAAGGCAGCCUCAGGAGAUGUUGUCAAAUUCAUGAUGGUAGAUGUUGGGUGUGAUACUUUCGUCAUGCAUGUGGAACCAGACCCAAAUCCACUGCGCAUCUGUCUCCUCGACUGUGGUGUUGCAUCCAGACUCAAAGAGAAAGACUUAGCCAAUUUCAAGGCUGUCUUCAGACAAGUGGUUUUUGGUGAUGGAGAGUCUGUGGCAGACUUGUUCCUCAAUAAUAGUGAACAUUGCUGUAAGGACCCUGAAGCCUUCAAAGCAGAGAUGACCAGCCUUGUAAAUUCAGCUAGGGAAGAUACAAUAGCAUUAUCACAGAUUGAUGUGGGGGUCCUGCUUCAACAAGUCUUAGGGAUCCUCUUACGUCAUCAGGUACGGCUAGAAUCUGCCUUCAGUGCUGUGGUCUUAGCAGUCUUUGUUCUGGAAGGUCUUGGUCGAACAUUAGACCCCAACAUGGAUAUCUUAGAGAGAGCAAGACCAAUCUUGGUUACUGGAAAAGUGAAGUGAUUGUGAUACUUAUGAUCUGUGAGGAUUAAUUUGUUAUUUACAUCAUUCAGUUCGGAUCUUUCUCAGUUACAGUAAUGCAGGGAUUGUUUAAUGGUGUUAUGUUUGCGGGUUGACUCCUUAUGGCAUGAUGUAAGCCUCAAAUUCCAGUGGAGCAGCACUUGUUUAUUACCACGACAGUUGUAAAGAUAUUUACAUUCUUACUAGAGACUCCUGAAAUUCCUCAUCAGCUCUGUAUACAUAAACUGCCAUGGUCGGAUAACAUUACUCCUAGUUUUAGCUUUUUCCAAAAAUAUUUUUUUGUAUUGAAAAAUUAUUUGUAUGAAUAUGUGAAUGCAAAUCGUUUGAGAAAAGGCAGUGAAAUAUUUAUACCAUGUAUGAUGAUAUGGCCACAGUUGCUAAAAUGGCAAAAUAUAAGUAAUGUAAGAUAAAGCUACAUUAAUAUUCACAGAGCUCAGCAAGCGUCCAUGUGCAUGACUGUCCUAAUAUUUUAAAAACUUUUUUCCAGAAUAGUUACUUGCUGUGGUUAAAUCUUGGGUGCAUAAGGCUUUAUAUUGUUGAAUUGCCUGUAGACUAUCAAGGUUUUAGUAUAGUUGAUAGUGUUGCAGAGAAUAUAAUACUAUACUGGUAUAUCAGGUAUGACUGUAAUCUCCUAUCAAGUCAGGUGGUGCCUUGUUGCAAAGCUUUUAUUGAUACAAAAUUGGGUAUCUUCAUUGGGUUAUGAAACAUUUUGUAAAUCGAGAUAUAGGUUAAUUUCUUUAAAAGCAGAAAUUGACAAAAGACACUGAAAAUCCAGAUCCAAAAUCCAAAGAACAAAACAGAAAUUUAUGUACAUUAGAACUAUUUUUUUUUCCUUUUUGAUUACAAAAAUAAUAGAUAUAUGUGAUAUAAUAGAAUUAUUUUGAGAUUAGUUAUGUAGAAAUUCUGUAUGUGACUUUCUUCAGCAACAAGCAUAUAGGCUGUGACAUUUUCAUUUCUUGUCCUUUAUAUUUAGCUUCAUUUAUGUCAUACAGUGUUCAGGAAAUUAAAUAUUUCUUUUUCUAGUCAUGCAGAUUAAAAAUGAAGUCAUUUUAAAUACUGACAUUCUUUGUUUCUAGCUUUCUUGAUUUCUUUUUCCUUUUUUCUUCUGACGUGUUAGAGUAAGAUAAGGGAAAGGCUCUGGGAAUGAGGUUUGUAUUCUAUUCAGGUGAUUUACUGUAGUUUGUAAGUUUUCCUCCUUCCAGAUAUUAUGGUAUAUUCCUGUUUAGGAAGUAACUUGUAGUAAACUGCUUUGCCAGCAUAAUCUAUAUGAGGUACAUGAGACAUAAUGUAGAUUAUGUUAUGGUAUUUGCUUGGACAGCUUUAGUAGUAAGAACCUGAAA